UGAGAUGCUGGCCCUUUAAGAGCAGGAUCUCACAGCUUACAGCCAGGGGAGGAGAAUAGGAGAGAGAGAGAGAGAGAGAGAGAGAGAGAGAGAGAGAGAGAGAGAGAGAGAGAGAGAGAAAGAGGGUGGGUGUCAGUCUUGAAAGUGUGUGAGUAGAGAGAGCGAGAGAGAGGGAGAGAGAGAGGAACACACACAUACAGUCGCCCGGCGAAAGAGAGAGAGAGAGAGAGAGCGUCUAUAUGUGUGUGUGUGCGUGUGUGUGUGUCGCGCGCGCCAAAGGUUGAAGGAUCGCUCGUAUCCCUCGUCUUCUUUGGACGGCAUUGUGGGACUCUUUUAUGUUGUUGUUGUCCAGAGAGACGGACCUUUACUUACUCCAGCAUGCUCACUGAGCCUGAGCUACCUCAGGAGUGUAACAGGAUGUCUUCCAAGCGACCAGCCUCUCCAUAUGGGGGGACAGAUGGAGAUGUAACCAUAGCAACCAGCAGACAGCGAAUGGAGGAUGAGGAGAGCGAGGGACUGGCGGGCGUCAUCCACCUCCCCCUGGUCUCCUACUGCAGCAAGGUGUCCCCCCGCUCGCCCCCUUUCCGCAGCUUGGAUAGCCCCCCCGGCCACACGGAGCUGGAAGGCUCCAAGGGCAACUCCUUGAGCCCUUACACCCAGCACAGCGCUACCUCACCGGGCAAGGAGGAGGGCGGCGGCGGGGGUCGACCCUGCAGCGAGGGGGGCGCCACCGCGGGCACGCCGGAGAGACGUAAGGGCAGCCUGGCGGACGUGGUGGAUUCACUGAAGCAGCGCAAGAUGGAGGAGCUGAUCAAGAACGAGCCGGAAGAAGCGCCCAGCAUUGAGCGGCUGCUGUCAAAGGACUGGAAGGACAAACUUUUGGCCAUGGGCUCAGGGCACAUUGGCGACAUUAAAGGUACGCCGGACAGCCUGGCGGAGAAGGAGCGGCAGCUGAUGGGCAUGAUCGGCCAGCUGAGCAGCCUGAGGGAGCAGCUCCUGGCGGCCCACGAGGAGCAGAAGAAGCUGGCCGCCUCGCAGAUGGAGAAGCAGAGGCAGCAGAUGGAGCUGGCCAAACAGCAGCAAGACCAGAUUGCCAGACAGCAGCAGCAGCUCCUGCAGCAGCAGCACAAGAUCAACGUGCUGCAGCAACAGAUCCAGCAGGUCCAGGGCCAACUCCCGCCGCUGAUGAUUCCCGUCUUUCCUCCGGACCAGAGGACCCUGGCGGCGGCGGCAGCCCAGCAGGGAUUCCUGAUGCCCUCCGGCUUCAACUACAAGCCUGGCUGCAGUGACCCCUACCCACUCCAGCUCAUCCCCACAACAAUGGCUGCCACCACACCAGGCCUGGGACCCCUUCAACUCCAGCAGUUGUACGCCGCUCAGCUGGCCGCCAUGCAGGUGUCCCCCGGGGCCAAGCAGCACAUGGCGUCCACACACUCGCCGCCCAGCAACACCCACUCUCAGGCCGACAAGGGGCGGAGCUCCCCGCUGCCCAGCAAGACCAAGGACAGUGAGGGUGCACAGCCUCUGAACCUGUCGGCCAAGCCUAAGGCAUCCGAGAGCAAGUCACCCAACUCCCCCCCAACUUCCCCACAGGUCCCCGCUGCUGCCGCCGCCAAGCUGGGACCCCUGAAGCACAGCGUCGCCCCCUCCAGCAUCGGAGGACCCCCGGCCAGAGUCACCUCAAUAGCAGACUUGCUGUCCUCGCUGUCGUCGGGGGUCUACCUCAACGACCACGAGGCCGUGACCAAGGCCUUCGCCGAGGCCCGCCAGAUGAAGGAGCAACUGAAGAGGGAGCAGCAGGUGCUGGACGCCAAGGUGGCCGCCGUCAGCAACCUGGCGCUCAACAACGGACGCUCCGACAAGGACAAGGCCGCCUUGGAGAGUCUGAGUCAACAGCUGAAGCAGCAGGCCGAGGAUAAGUUCAGCCACGCCAUGCUGGACUUCACCAUGAGCGGAGACUCUGACGGUUCUCCGAGUGUGUCCGACUCCAGGAUAUUCCGGGAGGCGCGAGGUCGCGGCAGCAGUGAGCCGCACAUCAAGAGGCCCAUGAACGCCUUCAUGGUUUGGGCCAAGGAUGAACGCAGGAAGAUUUUGCAGGCCUUCCCUGACAUGCACAACUCUAACAUCAGCAAGAUCCUGGGCUCUCGCUGGAAAGCCAUGACCAACCUGGAGAAGCAGCCGUACUACGAGGAGCAGGCCCGCCUCAGCAAGCAGCACCUGGAGAAGUACCCGGACUACAAGUACAAGCCCAGGCCCAAGCGCACCUGCCUGGUGGACGGCAAGAAGCUGCGAAUCGGCGAGUACAAGGCCAUCAUGCGCUCCCGCAGACAGGAGAUGAGGCAAUACUUCAGCGUGGGGCAGCAGAGUCAGCUGCCCUUGUCGUCGGGGGGCGUGGUCUACCCGGGCGCCCUCUCCAUGGCGGGCAUGCCCUCGCCCCAGAUGCCCUCCGAGCACUCCAGUAUGUCCAGCAGUCCCGAGCCCAACGCCAACCACCACCACCACCACCACCACCCCCACCACCAGACGCCCGCCCACAUGGGCGCCCUGAAGGGGGAGGAGCCACGCAUCAAGCAGGAGGAGCUGCGGCUGGAUGACAGCAACGGCGACGCCUACGACGACUUCGACUACGAGGACGAGGAUCCCGACUACGCCAGCGACCACGACAGCCACAUCGCCCAAUAGGGUCCCUUUACGGCGGGGCCCCGGCCCCUCCCACCAGCAGGAGCGCCACUGACUGCUCCACGGCGCUCGCGCGGCUGCCGAGACGGACAAAAAAAUAUUCGUGGAGCCAACAGAUGACACUUUAAAGACGGCGGACCUUUUUUUCUUAACCAGAAACACUUUUUAAAAGAAGAGAGGAAAAAAAAACAGCUUUUUUUGUUGGCUUCUGGGUUCUCGAAUAUCUCACUCAGGUACACGGUGCCAAUAAGUGGCUUGUGAAUGUGAUUUUUCUUCUUGUGUUGGAAUAAUAAUAAUAAUUCCCCCGCUUUAUUUUCAGCCACUGAAAAUACCCCCCACUUCCGACCAUCCCUCAAAAUCCAGGGACUUUUUUUUUUCCCCUAAUGGUAUUUUAUUUCUUUGUAGAAUUGAGUGUAAUAAGAAGAGCACUGUGUUGUUGCGAGACAAUCCACUUUUUUAUCUCGCGCCGUCCUUCCAUGCAGUGCAACAUCCCCUGUAAGUGUGUGUGUGUGUGUGUGUGUGCGGGGAAGACCAGGAACUGCUGCUUUAUCCACUACAACACACACACACACACACACGGUCACCCCCUGCUGACAUCAGCGGGCCGCCAGUCAGUGUUUGCGUUUGUAUUUGAAUACUGUAUUUUAUCUCAACUGCCUCUAUUCUAAUAUUAUUAACAAUCAUUCUGAGGAUGCUCAGCAAGUAAGUUAUGUACAGUAUAAUUUAUUUUUUUCUUCCCUCUACGACCACGUGACAUUAUUUUAGCGUGUAGGUAUUACAUCUAAACUUCCCUUUCCUUCUUUUGGUUUUGUAUUAACGCUGCAUUUAAAAAAAAAAAAAAAAAGCAAGAAAAAUAUUGGGGGUGGGUGAAGCUUAACCCUUUUUACGUCCAAAACCCAUUUCUAAGAAGCACUCAGACUCUAGUCAGAGAAAAGAAGAACAUGCUGUUUUUUAUUAUUAUUAUUAUUAUUAUUAUUAUAAAGUUUAUUUGUUAUUCUAAAUGUAUAAUGUGAAGAUCCCUUUCCGCUUUUUGUCUUACUUAUGGAAGCCCCAAUGUUUACUAUAGUUGGGUUGCAGUGGAACAUCAUUGGCACACACACACACGCAAACAUACACACACACACACAUUCUUGUAUUUGUUACCUUCUUGAGACAGGAAACCACCCUCUCUAGAUGUAUAAAGAAGUGUAUUUACAACAUUAAUAACAUAUACAUACUAUGCAAAUAUAAAAAAGCUUGUUGUGAAAAAUGAGUUGGGAUUUCACAAGAAAAACUUAGAAUUCUGCCAGUGUUAUAAUAAAAGUUUUGACGGGUGGUGCUCUUCCAAUAUGCAGAUCGGGCUCGAAAACAGCGUACAAGUAAGAAAUAAUGGUUUACUUAAACUAAAAACAGGCUAAGAAUAGAAACACUGGUGCGAGGCAGAAAAGGCAAACCAAAAGCACUAGCAUGAGAGCUGGGGAAACAAACAGAAACACUUGCACGGGGAACAACAGGCAAAACAAAGAGCUACUAGCAUGUGAGCUAGAAAAACAACAAGUUUGCGAGAAAAUUAUCAAGUCCAAAACAGUUACUACCAGAGAAGGGAGUCCACGAAGUCAUCGAUUGCGUACAGCAAAAACUUAAUGAGACGAGGACGAGUAAAUAAAAAAAGCAGGCUUAAAUACUGAAGAAAACAAUUACUAACAGGUGUGAGUCUAGAACAAGGGACAGGUGAAACUAAUGGUGACAAGAUACAAAUAAGGAAGUGCACAAAUUAACUCAAAAACCCAAAUAAUGUAUGAUCUGGAUGGCGGAUCAUAACAAAAAGUCAUCAUUUUACUCAACAAAAAUCAAAACUUCCCGAGAAAAACAGAACAUGUGUGCAAUAUUGUGACAAAAGUUGGUAUUUUACUCAAUAACAGUCGCAAUUUUGCAAGAAAAGGCUUAAUAUUUAGGCAAUUUUGUGAAGAGUCGUCAUUUUAGGUGACAAAAGUCACAAUUUUUCUAAGAAAAUAUUCAAACGUUGGCAAUGUUAUAAUAAUAACCGGAAUUUUCCCUGACAAAAUGACAAAGGUCAUCAGUUUACUCCAAAAAUGUUACUAUUUUACAAGAACAACAAACAAAUUGGUAAAAUUGUGAUAGGUCAAAAUUGUAUAUGAUAAAUGUCACCAUUUUGCAUUAAAAAGUAUUAUAAUAAAAGUCAUUAUUUUACUCAACAAAAGUCGAAACUUCCCGAGAAAAACAACACGUGUGCAAUUUUAUGAUAAAAGUUGGUAUUUUAUUCAAUAACAGUCACGAUUUUACAAGAAAAAUUAACAUUUAGGCAAUUUUGUGAAAAGUCGUAAUUUUAAUCGAAAAAAGUUACAAUUUUUCUAAGAAAAUAUUCAAAUGUUGGCAAUAUUGUAAUAAUAACCAGAAUUUUCCUUGAAAAAAUGACAAAAGUCAUCAUUUUACUAUAAAAAUGUCACUAUUUUACAAGAACAACAAAUUGGUAAUAUUGUGAUAGGUCAUGAUUGUAUAUGACAAAUGUCAUCAUUUUGCAUUAAAAAGUAUUAUAAUAAAAGUCAUAAUUUUACUAAAAAAAAAGUCAAAACUUCCCGAGAAAAACUGAACACGUGUGCAAUAUUAUGACAAAAGUUGAUAUUUUACUCAAUGGCAGUCGCAAUUUUGCAAGAAAAAGCUUAACAUUUAGGCAAUUUUGUGAAAAAGGGUCGUCAUUUUACUCGACAGAAGUCACAAUUUUUCUACGAAAAUAUUCAAUUGUUGGCAAUAUUGUAAUAAUAACCGGAAUUUUCCUUGACAAAAUGACAAAAGUCAUCAUUUUACUCCAAAAAUGUCACUAUUUUACAAGAACAACAAACAAAAUGGUAAUAUUGUGAUAAGUCAGAAUUGUAUAUGACAAAUGUCACCAUUUUGCAUUAAAAAGUAUUAUAAUAAAAGUCAUAAUUUUACUCAACAAAAGUCGAAACUUCCUGAGAAAAACUGAACAUGUGUGCAAUAUUCUGACAAAAGUUGAUAUUUUACUCAAUAAUGGUCGCAAUUUCGCAAGAAAAAGCUUAACAUUUAGGCAAUUUUGUGAAGAGUCGUAAUUUUACUCGACAAAAGUCACAAUUUUUCUGAGAAAAUAUUCAAAUGUUGGCAAUAUUAUAAUAAUAACCGGAAUUUUCCUUGACAAAAUGACAAAACUCAUCAUUUUACUAUAAAAAUGUCACUAUUUUACAAGAACAACAAAUUGGUAAUAUUGUGAUAGGUCAGGAUUGUAUAUGACAAAUGUCAUCAUUUUGCAUUAAAAAGUAUUAUAAUAAAAGUCAUAAUUUUACUAAAAAAAAAGUCAAAACUUCCCGAGAAAAACUGAACACGUGUGCAAUAUUAUGACAAAAGUUGAUAUUUUACUCAAUGGCAGUCGCAAUUUUGCAAGAAAAAGCUUAACAUUUAGGCAAUUUUGUGAAAAAGGGUCGUCAUUUUACUCGACAGAAGUCACAAUUUUUCUACGAAAAUAUUCAAUUGUUGGCAAUAUUGUAAUAAUAACCGGAAUUUUCCUUGACAAAAUGACAAAAGUCAUCAUUUUAGUCCAAAAAUGUCACUAUUUUACAAGAACAACAAACAAAUUGGUAAUAUUGUGAUAAGUCAGAAUUGUAUAUGACAAAUGUCACCAUUUUGCAUUCAAAAGUAAUAAUUUAACGAGAAAAUAUCACAGAAAUAAAUAAGCAUAUGCGCAUUUUUUUUCGAAUUUUAUAAGAAAAAAGUGGACACAUUGUGAAAAAAAUACUACUUUUAAAAUCAUGUAGAAUUUUUUGUUUGUGAUUGGUAUUUCAUCUUCAUUAUUUACUUCAAGUUAUUACAGUCUCGAUAUACAUAUAUAUAUAUUUUUUUUCAAUUAAUUUUGGCCAAUGGGGGCGUGUUUCAAUUUCUUACACACACUUUGUGCAGUAAAAAGCAAUAAUUUUACAUAAAAAAGUAAUCAUUUGACGAGAAAAUAUUGCAAUAUUACAGAAACAGAUAGAAUAUGAGAAAUGGUUCUCAAUUUUAUAAGAAAAAAAUUGACACAUUGUGAGAAAACAUUUUUUUUAGGUAAUAGUUUUAGUUUGUAAUUGGUUUUUAAUCUUCAUUAUUUACUUCCAAGUUAUUACAGUAUGUCUCGAUAUGCAUAUUUAUUUUAUUUUAUUUCAAUUAAUUUUGGCCAAUGGGGGCGCGUUUCAAUUUCUAACACACACUUUUUGCAGUAAAAAGUAAUAAUUUUACACAAAAAAGUAAUCAUUUGACGAGAAAAUAUUGCAAUAUUACAGAAACAGAAAGAAUAUGAGAAAUUGUUCUCAAUUUUCUAAUAAAAAAGUUGACACAUUGUGAGAAAAAAUAUUUUAGUUAAUAGUCUUAGUUUGUAAUUGGUUUUUAAUCUUCGUUAUUUACUUCAAGUUAUUACAGCAUGUCUCGAUUUACAUAUUUAUUUUAUUUUAUUUCAAUUAAUUUUGGCCAAUGGGGGCGCGUUUCAAUGUCUUACACACACUUUUUGCAGCACAAAAGUAAUAAUUUUACACAAAAAAGUAAUAAUUUGACGAGAAAAUAUUGCAAUAUUACAGAAACAGAAAGAAUAUGAGAAAUUGUUCUCAAUUUUCUAAUAAAAAAGUUGACACAUUGUGAGAAAAAAAAUUUCUUUAGAUAAUAGUUUUAGUUUGUAAUUGGUUUUUAAUCUUCAUUAUUUACUUCAAGUUAUUACAGUCUCGAUAUACAUAUUUAUUUUAUUUUAUUUCAAUUAAUUUUGGCCAAUGGGGGCGCGUUUCAAUUUCUUACACACACUUUUUGCAGUAAAAAGUAAUAAUUUUACACAAAAAAAGUAAUAAUUCGACGAGAAAAUAUUGCAAUAUUACAGAAACAGAUGGAAAAUAAGAAAUUGUUUUCAUUUUUAUCAGAAAAAAGUUGACACAUUGUGAGGAAAACAUUUUUUUUUUAGUUAAUAGUUUUAAUCUUUAUUUUUUACUUAAAGUUAUUACAGUAGGUCUCUAUACACAUAUUUAUUAUUUUUUUAAAUUAAUUUUGGCCAAUGGGGGCGCGUUUCAAUUUCUUACACACACUUUUUGAAGUAAAAUUUAAUAAUUUAAAUAAAAAAGUAAUAAUUUGAAGAGAAAAUAUUGCAAUAUUACAGAAACAGAAAGAAUAUGAGAAAUUGUUCUCAAUUUUAUAAGAAAAAAGUUGACACAUUGUGAGGAAAACAUUUUUUUUUUAGUUAAUAGUUUUAAUCUUUAUUAUUUACUUAAAGUUAUUACAGUAGGUCUCAAUACACAUAUUUAUUAAUUUUUUUAAUUAAUUUUGGCCAAUGGGGGUGCGUUUCAAUUUCUUACACACACUUUGUGCGGUAAAAAGUAAUAAUUUUACAUAAAAAAGUAAUAAUUUGACGAAAAAAUAUUGCAAUAUUACAGAAACAGAUAGAAUAUGAGAAAUUGUUCUCAAUUUUAUAAGAAAAAAGUUGACACAUUGUGAGGAAAAACAUUUUUUUUUAGUUAAUAGUUUUAGUUUGUAAUUGGUUUUUAAUCUCCAAUAUUUACUUCAAGUUAUUACAGCAUGUCUCGAUAUGCAUAUUUAUUUUAUUUUAUUUCAAUUAAUUUUGGCCAAUGGGGGCGCGUUUCAAUUUCUAACACACACUUUUUGCAGUAAAAAGUAAUAAUUUUACACAAAAAAGUAAUAAUUUGACGAGAAAAUAUUGCAAUAUUACAGAAACAGAUAGAUAAUGAGAAAUUGUUCUUAAUUUUAUAAGGAAAAAAAUUGACACAUUGUGAGAUUUUUUUUUUUUUUUAGUUAAUAGUUUUAGACUAAUUGUUUUUAAUCUCCAUUAUUUACUUCAAGUUUUUACAGCAUGUCUCGAUAUACAUAUUUAUUUUAUUUUAUUUAAAAUAAUUUUUGCCAAUGGGGGCGCGUUUCAAUUUCUUACACACACCUUUUGCAGUAAAACGUAAUAAUUUGACAUAAAAAAGUAAUAAUUUGACGGGAAAAUAUUGCAAUAUUACAGAAACAGAAAGAAUAUGAGAAAUUCUUCCCAAUUUUCUAAUAAAAAAGUUGACACAUUGUGAGAAAAACAUUUUUUUUAGUUAAUAGUUUUAAUCUUUAUUAUUUACUUCAAGUUAUUACAGAAGGUCUCAAUACACAUAUUUAUUUAUUUUUCUAAUUAAUUUUAACCAAUGGGGGCGCGUUUCAAUUUCUUACACACUUUUUGCAGUAAAUAUAAUUUUACAUAAAAAAGUCAUAAUUUGACGAGAAAAUAUUGCAAUAUUACAGAAACAAAUAGAAAAAGAGAAAUUGUUCUCAAUUUUAUAAGAAAAAAGUUCACACAUUGAGAAAAACAAUUGAGUUAAAAGUUUUAAUUUUCAAGUUAUUACAGUAGGUCUCAAUACACACAUAUUUAUUUAUUUCUUUAAUUAAUUUUGGCCAAUGGGGGCGCAUUUCAAUUUCUUACAUACACUUGUUAUUUCAUAUGUUGACCAGAGGGGGAGCACUUUUAAAAGCGACACACAGUCAAUGUGGGAAAAAAUCCCUCCUUUUUGGGACCACCUUCAUUUCACCAGCAAUUAGAUGCAAUGUUAUUGGGAGCAUGAUUUAUGUCAUCACUUCUUCACACCUCCUCAUAUGGAAGAUACUUUUCCUUCUUCAUGUCUCAAGAAGGGGAAAAAAACAAGAACACACAUACACGCACACUUCCAUGAAGAGAUUAUUCAUAGCAACCAAACAAGUCCUAUGCUGUCGUUUUCUUUCUGUUGUAUGCCAUGUAGAUGACCCUGUACAUAGUCUUUGUUUUGUGAUAGCAGUGAUUUUAUUUGAGACAUAGGAAAACAGUGUUUACUCCACCGAUGGUGUUCCACCGCGUCUAUUUUUUUAAUUUUUUUUGUUGCUUUGUUUGAGCUCCACCCGAUGCUACAGUACAGAAGGGAGUCAUACGGUUCAUCAUUUUGCAAUGCAGUCUGCUGAAAAUGACGGAAAGCGCCGCUUUGUAUAGCGACCGACGCGUUUGAAGCGGUGAGUGCGCCCCCACCCUGAUUGGUCAGGUUUCACGUGUCGGGUAAAGCGUGACCAAUGGGGCCGUAUGAAUCCUCCUUUCGUCGCCGGUCCGGCCAGGCCCGCAUGCUGGACUACAGGGGGGCCAUAAGUGGGUCAAUCAUCCCCGUAUUUAAGACAAUCAAAGUCACGAGUGGAGCUCAAAGCAAAGUCGGAAUUAUUACAAGAAAAAGAAAAAAAAUCCCACCAUCUCAACUUGAAAAAUCAAGAAAGAUAAUUAUGUAAAUAUAACAUAGAGUUAUAGAUUUAUAUUUUGUUCAUAACACAGUGUAAUAUAAGUUGUAUAUUUGUUUUUUCUCUCUCUUCCUCUGUCUCUUUUAUCGAUGUUACCCACGAGUCUCGGUACUCGCACACACGCAAACAUGAAGACGAUUACGAAAGAAACAAUGACAAAUUGAUCAUUAAAAAAAAAAAAAAGCAACAACGACAACAACAAAAAAAAAGCCGUGGGCUACCGCCACCAUCUGUUCCAAGUUCACCUUUUUUUUCAGUAUUACUGCCAGACGAGGCUCUAAUAAAGACGGCAAUGUGUUCGGUAA